AUGUACCUCUUCUCAGCGAAGGGGACAAUUACUACGACUUCACUGUAUGGGGGAAGUGUGAAUAGUGUUAAAUGUAGUGACACUGGAUAUACAAAGUAUUACUUGGUGACAAACCGAAUCGGCUUUUCUUUGAGUUGUGAUUGUCCUUCAAAUGUAAUUUCUGAUGAGAAUUGUACUGCGUUGUUUUCGACAACUGUCAUCGACUCUUCAACUACAAUCCAAGCAGACUUUGUUAGUGUUGAUAUAGAAAAUGGGUAUGGAAGUUUAUUGUGUGUUUUGGGACCAAUUAACACGUUAACAGUCAAUAAAUUAAAUAAAAUGAAGAUACUCUUCACGGUAUACCCUAUUACCACAUGGGCUUAUAUGCGUCCAUCAGCACAAUUUUCUUAUUUGAGUAAUGGGAACAUGCAGAUGACGGAGGUAUAUAAAGGUGCAAACCUCUAUUAUUUAGACACAACAAGCACAAACGGAUCUUUAGAAAUUAAUUCUUAUGGAAUGAAUUUUUUUGUGAAAACACACAAUGGAAUUUCAUUUGAUACAAGUAGUUCAAAUAUAUUUUCUUUGAUAACAAAUGGAACUUGUGACUGUUUGUUUUUUGCUGAAUAA